ACGAUAAAUGAGAACAUCUUCAUUGCGAUAGCGAUGGCGGUCACCACAUUCCGAGGGGUACAGUUGCGGUCAUUGACUGCGUUCCUGUUGGUGGCAAUGGUGGUAAAGGUGCUGGGCGCUGGCGAAUCUGUUAACGUGACGAGCAGCAAUGGGGGCGAAGCGGGAAGGCUCAUUUUUGCUCAUGUUCUAUUUCGCCAUGGUGAUCGUACCCCGAUUGAUCCAUAUCCGAAUGACCCUUGGAAGGAUCCUAGCCAUUGGACCGCAGAUUGGGGACAGCUAGUGAAUGCUGGUAAAAUGCGCCAUUUAAUGCUUGGAAAAUGGCUGCGUAAACGCUAUUCCGGCCUACUGAAAGAUACGUACAGCAACAAUGAGAUUUACGUCCGUUCAACGGACGUAGACCGUACUUUGAUGAGUGCCGAGGCAAACCUCGCCGGACUGUAUCCACCGAUGGGAGCUGACGUGUGGGACACGGCAAUAACAUGGCAACCGAUACCGGUGCACACCGUUACCGAGGAGCUGGACAGUGUAUUGGCAGCAAAAAAGCGUUGUCCCGCGUUCGAUCACGCACUAAAGGUGUACCGCCAGUCGGAACCAUACCAUUCGUACAACGCUUCGUUGGAGCAGCUGUAUCAGUAUGUGACGGAAAAAACUGGACGCCGAUACGACUCGAUGUCUUCCGUGCAGAACCUUUACAGUGCGCUGCUCAUAGAGGAGCUGAACAACUUUACGCUGCCCGAAUGGACCAAGACGGUAUAUCCGGAACCAUUGAAAUCGAUCUCCGCCAUGACGUUUGCCGUCAAGACGAACACAACACAACUGGCCCGUCUGAAGAUGGGUCCACUGGUGAAGGAAAUACUGCAACGGUUCAGAUCGAAAGCGAAGGGAACGCUGAAACCGAAUCGCUCCGUAUGGAUCUACAGUGCGCACGAUGUAACGGUCGCUAGUUUAUUGAAUGCGCUGCGAGUUUUUGAACUGCACAAUCCGCCAUUCGCCGCAUGCAUUAUGCUUGAGCUGCGCCAGCCGACCGACGGCGGCGGACAGGAGCCGUAUGUGGAGAUAUUCUACAAAAACACAACUGCCGAACCGUUCCAGCUUUCCUUUCCUGGCUGUGGCGUUCGAUGUCCGUUGGACAAGAUGUUUGAAAUUUACGACAACAUUAUGCCGAAAGAUUGGGAAGCCGAAUGUCAGCUGUCGCUGCUGUCAAUGAGUUACGUCGAGGCGGAUCUGAACUCGGCCAGCAAUUUGAUUGGGAUCGUGCUACUGACUGCCAUAUCGAUGCUCGUCCUGCUGACCGUUGUAGCCAUUGCGAAACGUCGUAACAGUUUACAGAGCGAACGAUGGUAUCUUCGGAUUGAUGGAUAAGCGGACGGGACAAUCGCAUUUACGACCCAAUUUUAAAAUGUCAUGUAAAAUGUUUCAUAAGGCUGCUUUGUACUGUCUGUUA